AUGUCAGCCUCACCCAACGUCGACGAUUCCCAAUCUGAACACCCCAAUGUACUUGCAUCGGCGACAGCGGACAAGAAGUGUGUGGAUUUCGUCAGCCAUUUGCCAUGGGAGAUCGUAAAGUGCAACAUUGUGCCACGAAUCUUGGGAGAGGGUCGUCCAGUAUUUCGUCUCCAUCGACCAUGCCCUUACUUGGAUCAUCUAUUUCAUUAUGAGGCGCGACCCAUGCGAUCAGGAGGCAUUGACAAGCGUAUCAGAACGGUGGCACCUUACAUCAAAACGUUAUCAAUGACAUGGUACAAUGACAAGAGUAUGGGCAUACAUUUAAAGUGUGAUACGCUUGUGGCAUUGACCAAGUUGACUAUUCGAGUUUCAGGAUCCCAAGGAGCAUUGCUGCAGCUACUGGAUAUCAGCCCAAAUUUGACUCAUAUGGAUAUCUUUUAUGUCGCCGAUAUCGAUACGCGCUUGUCAAUAUUCGAGUUAUUGGAUCGCUGCCCAAAGCUCAUUCGAUUGAGCCUUCUACUACCCGGCAAUGCCAUCAUGGAUACAACAACAACACGACAUGGUAGAACAUAUGACACCAUUACCCAUUUACAAGCUAUUUGCGAGGAUCAUAACAAAAACGGCACCUUUUCACCUCUCAUUCAACGUUUACCGAAUCUGCGCCUUUUAAGCUUGAAAUACCUGUCUUCCCUUCCAGCCUGGGGAAUCAGACAACACCAAUGUCAAAAGUUACAACAGCUAUACAUGAGCUCUCCUACUAUGACGUAUGAUGUCCAUGAUGAGGUCCAGUGCGAAGAUGAAUCACCGGGAUUGAGAGUAUUGUCCUUUGAUGGAAGAUACGAUAUGGGUUACAUCGCCAACAUUAUGAUACGACAUUCUGCCACACUUGAAUCGCUUGUAUUUCAAGAGCACACCUAUUUCAACACAUCGACAACCAGAUCAUGGGCAAAUCGCGACAUUCAAUUCAAUCAGCUUCGAUCGUUAAGCUAUGAAAAUGGUACUCAACGAGCUUUUAUCGACUUUAUGAAUUGGAUUAUCGAUCAUGCACCCAACCUUCGAUCAGUGGAGACAAUUCAUGGUGCGAUGCAACGCCAUCACUUGAAUAGCACUCUUCGCGAACGCCCAUUGCAGAGGAUUGGUUUCUACUCUACAUAUACUGAACAGCCAAGCGAGCACCAAUUUAUCCAACAUCAUGUACAGCUUGGAGCUGGAUCGCAUCUUCAGGAGAUCAAGUGCACUUUUUAUGAUUACAUACUCAAUGAUUCAUGGGUGGCACUCAUCCCAAGAUUGACAGAAUUGAAAACGAUCGAGCUAUGCUUUCACGACGAUGCCGAAGUGGAUGGAUUGGACGCUUUUAUCCAGCAAGUGGCGAAUGGUUGCAUUGGCCUCGAGAAAGUUAUCAUGAAGGCGUUCGAAUUUCCCUAUCACUAUGAUUGGAUUCGUCCUUUGGCUGAACACCCCAACCUACAGGAGCUGAUCAUUGAAAAGGAAGAUGAUACAUCUGCCAACCUCAUGCUCGGUGUGAACCACGAUAUCCCCUAUGAUCUUUUAAUCGCUCUGGAAUCGUUUACACAUCUCAAAACGCUGCACCUCAAGUAUGAUAUUAGCAAUUGGGAUCGGGUUUUCGCAUUGAAAAGAAAAGUACCGACAUUGAUGUACACAGAGAGAUAUGAUCCCAUCUAA